AUGCCCGACGCCAACGACGCCGAGCCGCCUCCUGGCCCUGUGGCUGGGCGAAGGAGGGCGCCGACGAUAACUAUUGAUACCACGGCAGUCAGCGCCAACAACAAUAAUAACAGAGCCGAAAUGGCCCCUGAGCCGUGGUCGCGGCCGAACCCAUCCGUCUCGCCCAUAUCGCCUCAAGACGAUGCCCGCUCCGAACCGCACCAAGAGCCCCCCCUCGACAACAUGGACAGCCGGCCCACGAGUCCGCACAACGUCUCGAGCCCAGUCUUGCCGCGCACCAACGAUGGCGGAGCUGGCUUCCUCUCUCACGGCGAGACGACGGUGGUCGCAUCCAGCUACACACAGGUCGAAAAGAUGAAGGGGUUGGGCAAUAACAAGAUUAUGAAGGACGAAAAGGCUCUGAGUCCCGACGCCGGUACCGAGGACGACUUCAAGGUCGACAACAAUCCCUUCGCCUUCACGCCCGGGCAGCUCAACAAGAUGUUCAACCCCAAGAGCCUGCCAGCCUUUUACAAGCUUGGCGGUUUGCGCGGGCUAGAAAAGGGCCUGAGGGCCGAUCGCAAGGCUGGUCUGAGUCCCGAGGAGACGCAUCUGGAGGGGCACGUCACUUUUGAAGACGCCACUGCCAAGAGCGACAAGCGGGCGACCGAGGAUCGAUACCGCGUCUUCCGGGACAAUCGUCUGCCGACCAAGAAGGGCAAGAGCCUGCUUCAGCUCAUGUGGAUCACCUACAACGACAAGGUUCUCAUCCUGCUGUCGAUUGCGGCAGCCAUCAGUCUUGGUGUCGGCUUAUAUCAGACUUUUGGCCAGGCACACGGCCCAGACGACCCCCAGGUCGAAUGGGUCGAGGGUGUCGCCAUCAUCGUGGCCAUUGUCAUUGUCGUCAUUGUGGGAUCGCUCAACGACUACUCCAAAGAGCGACAGUUCGCCAAGCUCAACAAGAAGAAACAGGACCGCAAUGUCAAGGUGAUACGCGCUGGGAAGACGACCGAGAUUUCCGUCUACGACAUCAUGGUCGGCGAGGUGAUUCAUUUGGAGCCGGGGGACUUGGUGCCGGCCGAUGGCGUGCUCAUCGAGGGCUUCAACGUCAAAUGCGACGAGUCGCAGACGACUGGCGAGUCGGAUAUUAUCCGCAAGCGACCUGCCGAUGAAGUCUACGCCGCCAUCGAGAACAAUGAAAAUCUCAAGAAAAUGGACCCGCUCAUCCAAUCCGGCGCCCGUAUCAUGGAGGGUGUCGGCACCUACAUGGCCACCUCGACCGGCAUCUUUUCGUCGUACGGCAAGACGCUCAUGGCCCUCAACGAGGACCCGGAGAUGACACCCCUGCAGGCCAAGCUCAACGUCAUAGCCACCUAUAUUGCCAAGCUUGGAGGCGCUGCCGGCCUGCUCCUGUUCAUUGUCCUUUUCAUCGAGUUCCUUGUUCGCCUUCCGCGCCUCGAUGACACGGUUACGCCUGCGCAGAAGGGCCAGAUGUUCCUCAACAUCUUCAUCGUGGUCGUCACCAUCAUCGUCGUGGCUGUUCCCGAGGGCCUCCCACUUGCCGUGACACUCGCCUUGGCUUUUGCCACGACGCGCAUGCUCAAGGAUGCCAACCUGGUCCGCCAUCUCAAGGCCUGCGAAGUCAUGGGCAAUGCGACGACCAUUUGCUCAGACAAAACGGGAACCUUGACGCAGAACAAGAUGCAGGUUGUCUCAGGCACCGUGGGAACCAGUCAUAGGUUUGGCGGGGCCCAGCAAGCGCCCGUGGAUGAUGAUGAUGAUGCAGAGACGGCUCCCUUGGACACGAGCGCGGACAUCUCUGCGUCGGAAUUCACGUCCAUGCUCAGCGCUCCCGUCAAGGACCUGCUGCUCAAGUCCAUCGCCCUCAACUCGACCGCUUUCGAGGGAGAGGUUGAAGGCGAGAAGACGUUUAUUGGCUCAAAGACGGAGACGGCCCUUUUGCUCUUCGCCAAGGCGCACCUCGCAAUGGGGCCGGUCAGCGAGGAGCGCAACAGUGCGAAGACGCUCCAAAUCAUUCCCUUCGACUCUGGGCGCAAGUGCAUGGGCAUCGUUGUCCAGCUGCCCAAGGGAAAGGCCAGGCUGUUCGUCAAGGGCGCCUCCGAAAUCGUUCUCGCCCAGUGCAGCCAGAUCCUGCAGGAUCCUUCCGCCGACGACUCCGUCAAGCCGCUUUCGCAGGGCAACGCGGACACGAUCACGAGCCUCAUUGCGAGCUACGCCACGCGCUCUCUGCGGACGAUUGGCAUUUGCUACCGAGACUUCGAAUCGUGGCCGCCAAAGGCCGCCCGUCGUGGAGACGGCGGGAAGAACGAGGUUGAGUUUGAGGAUAUCUUUCAGAACAUGUCUUUUAUCGGAAUGGUUGGCAUCCAGGACCCCUUGCGCGACGGGGUUUACCACUCGGUCAAACUCUGCCAGAGGGCCGGCGUGGUGGUGCGCAUGGUGACGGGCGACAACAAACUCACUGCCCAAGCCAUUGCCAAGGAAUGCGGCAUCCUGCAGGGCAACAGCAUCAUCAUGGAGGGUCCCGAGUUCCGCAACCUGAGCAAGCUGCAGCAAGAGGAAAUCAUCCCGAGGCUGCACGUCUUGGCCAGGUCCAGCCCCGACGACAAGCGGACCCUGGUCAAGAGACUCAAGGACAAGGGCGAGACGGUGGCUGUGACUGGCGACGGCACCAACGACGCGCCCGCGCUGAAGAUGGCCGACGUCGGCUUCUCGAUGGGCAUCGCCGGUACCGAGGUGGCCAAGGAGGCAUCGGCCAUCAUCCUCAUGGACGACAACUUCUCCAGCAUCGUCAAGGCGCUGAAGUGGGGUCGCGCCGUCAACGACGCCGUCAAGCGCUUUCUGCAGUUUCAGCUCACCGUCAACAUCACGGCCGUCAUCCUCACCUUUAUCACGGCCGUCUCAAGCGAGACCGAACAGUCGGUCCUGACGGCGGUGCAGUUGCUGUGGGUCAACCUCAUCAUGGACACACUGGCGGCGCUGGCACUGGCGACGGAUCCGCCCCAGGACAGCGUCUUGGAGAGAAAGCCCGAGCGCAAGGGCUCCUCCAUCAUCUCGACGACCAUGUGGAAGAUGAUCCUGGGACAGGCCCUCUACCAGCUCGCCAUCACGCUGCUCCUGUACUACGGUGUCCCCAAGGGCCUGAUUGACGGCAUCAUUAGCAACGAUCCCCUGCCCAGCGACCAGGUCAACACGUUGGUGUUCAACACGUUUGUAUGGAUGCAGAUUUUCAACCAGUGGAAUAACCGGCGCCUGGACAACAAGUUCAACAUCUUUGAGGGCCUGACGAAGAACUGGUUCUUCAUAGCCAUUAGCGCCAUUAUGUGUGGUGGACAGGUCUUAAUCAUCUUUGUCGGAGGCGCAGCCUUCCAGAUCGCCAGGGACGGGCAAGACGCUGCCUUGUGGGGUAUUGCCAUCAUCCUGGGCGUCUUUUCGAUCCCGGUGGGCGUGGUGCUCCGCCUCAUCCCGGACGGGGUGAUGGAGGCUCUGGUUCCCGACUUCCUCAAGCAGCGGGCGCACGGGGUGCCGGGCCUGACGGUUUCGGACGAGGAAAUGGACAUGUACCCGGAGCCACUGGCGGACGUGCGGGACGAGCUCAAUUUCCUCAGGCGGAUGAAGGGAGGACGGCUGAACAACUUGAAGUUUGCGAUCCAGCACCCCAAGGAGACUCUGCGGCAACGAUCGAGAAGCCCGUCGCACUCACGGUCGGGGUCGGUCAACGCGCCGCAGACGCCGACCCGGGAGGACAGCUUCGGGUCACGGGCGGCGACGCCGGACUCGCGGCAGCGGUCCAAGUCGACGCGAUCACGGUCCAACUCUGCGCUAGGAGCGCCGACAGUCAUGGCGGGGAUCGUGGCUGCAGGCGUGGCGGCGGGAUGGUCACCCAUGGGCCGCGUGAGCCCGGAGGGCCAGGGGGACGGCGGCGAGUCGAGGGCGCCCGAGGGGAACAGGGGCCGAAAAAGCGAAGGGGUCGAUGCACAAAUCAGCAGCGAGGGGCGAAAACCGGAGUAA